AUGAAGAUCACAAUCAAGACGACCCAACAAAAGGUCUUUCAGAUAGAGAUCGAUACAUCAGAUACUAUCGCUGUCUUGAAGGACAAGAUUCAGGAAUCACAGGGUCAUCCUACAGCAGCUCAGAAGAUAAUAUAUUCGGGGAAAAUCCUAUCCAAUGAUAAGACUAUAGAUUCAUGUGGCAUCAAAGAAAAGGACUUCCUCGUCCUCAUGGUCUCAAAACCCAAACCAACACCAGCUGCCACCGCUUCGACAAGUUCAGCCCCUCAAGAUGUUCAGAUGGAUACAUCUCCCCCUGCUCCCCCCGCUGCUCCCCCUUCAAGUUCCACCCCCGCUCCCGUAUUGGUUUCGGACACAACCUCAGUAACUCAACCAACCACUCCAGCAGCCACUCCAGCAGCAACCGCGCCACCAGCCGUAGCACCCGCCUUUGGUGACAUGAGCACCUUUUUGUCUGGCGAAGCACUCCAAUCCGCUAUCACUAAUAUGACGGAAAUGGGCUUUCCUCGUGAUCAGGUAUUGAGGGCGAUGCGAGCUAGCUAUAACAACGCAGACCGAGCUGUCGAAUAUUUAAUGACUGGGAUUCCCGCCCAUUUGGAGGCGGAGGCUGCUGGCCCAACUCCACCGACUGCGGCUCCAGCAACUCAACCUGCCGCUGCUGCCCCAAUCUCAGCAAACGUACCACCUCCAAAUCAGCCUCAAAACUUGUUUCAGGCUACGGGCGGUGUUGGUCCUGCUGCUGCCGGCGGUGCCGCUGGCGCCCCUCAGAAUCCUGUUCACUUGAAUUUGGAGGCCUUACGCGACAAUCCUCAAAUACAACAACUGCGGCAGCAACUGGCUGACGACCCUCAAAUGGCACAGCCUUUGAUUCAGCAACUCGCGAUGCAGAAUCCGGCCAUGGCCCAAAUGCUUGCCCAGAACCCUGAUGCCCUUGCACAGUUGCUUGGAGUAGAACUCGACGAAGAGGUCCCCCCUGGUGCACACGUUGUUAGUGUUACUGCAGAGGAAAGAGAUGCAAUCGAACGGCUGGAAGCGCUUGGGUUUCCUCGUCAGGCGGUGCUAGAGGCCUACUUUGCCUGUGAUAAGAAUGAAGAACUCGCUGCGAAUUAUUUGUUUGAAGGUGGAUUCGAUGCAGAUUGA